CACGCAAAGACAUUGCUGAGCGCUGUCCGUAUUUAUAACCGGUAUCAAGAAAUACGAAAGACUAUCUACCAUAAAACACUGCAAUAACCAUACAAUACCAGCCGAAACAUAAUGUCCAAGCUCGCAAACGACCCUGGCGAGAAGUCGCUAGCUAAGCUCUUAGCCACUCUCACAACCACUCUGCAUGACACAACCUAUGUCUUCGCAACCCUUACCGACGCAUCGAAUCUCCCGCCGCUGGCGGAAACCCAGCUCUUGUUCAAAGAAACCGAGGGAAUUACAGUUAUUGUCAGCCAGGUAUAUGCGGAAGCACAUAAGAUUGACUUCUUCUUCCCUUGCAAAAUGAUCACGCUGAAUGUGACGUCAAGCUUGGAGGCUGUCGGGUUCAUGGCGGUGAUAGCCACGAGAUUGGCGGAGCAUAAAAUGGGCGUCAACCCGGUUAGCGGCUUUUACCAUGACCAUUGCUUUGUACCGCUGGGGAGGGAACAGGAAGCAAUUAAAGUUUUAGAACGAUUGGCAGAGGAAUACAAGCAAAAGGCGCUGGCAGACAGUUAGUUGCUGAUCAUUAUCAUCUCGUCUAUGAUAUGAUGAGAAUCGCUAUUAUCCCAAUGAACACGAUGAUAGAUUCUUAUAUCAAGUCGCAUUUUCGGCAUUCUUCUUUCCAUUACGCUUUAUUUCUCAUUUUCUCAUGGCGAACCGUGUUCUCCGUUUCCAUGUUUAUCGUUAUGCUACAUGAUAACUCGGAAAAGAGCUACAGAUGUUAAGAUAGAGAAGUGGAUCUCGAC